CGCUUGCUCACUGAAUCUACACUUGAAGCCACUAUUGAGAGCAGAAAAGGGGCACAGAGCUCGCCGGGUUCUGAGUCGUCGACUGUCCCCAUUGAUGAAUUUAGUUCAGAGAAGAAGUUUGGGAAGUUGGUGGAGUGUAGGAUUUGUUAAGAAGAAGAUGAAGCGUCGAACAUGGAGGUCCCUUGUUCUUGCUGUGGCAGCUUGGAGGAACUACAUGGAGAAAAUAAAGUCUUCCAUGUAUUACCCUUCUCACUACUUUGAUGCGGAUCAGGAGAUCCAUUCAAGAUAUUUACUCGUAAUAAAUCAAUUUUUGCAGGUGAACGAAGCGCAUGUGGGCCUCGUGAUGGAAGCACUUUCACAUAGAAAGGGAAGUGAGAGAGUAGAGCAGGCAUUUUGAAAGGAGAGAGGGGGCAAUUGCUUCCAUAUGUAACAAGUUGGGCCAUUUGUAAUUUUAUUGAUUUAUUUAUUGUCAAAUGUUAGAGUGUAAUUGUUUAAGGUAGUUGGAGUCUUUGUAAUGCUAAAUUAAUGUACUUUAUCUUGGUAUAA